AUGCUCGGGGUCAUUAUUUGUACCAACGAAACUACUUCUUAUUGGUCAAUCCGAAAAAACCUUGUAACAGCCAAUGAAAUCUCUUUACACCAAAAAUUAGCAACCUCAGAAUUUAGUGAUCCAAAUAGGUGGGUAUUGGGUUGGAACAUUUCAUCAUCAUCCCCCUUGCCGCACGAUGAAGGGGAGGAAGUUGAACAGUUGAAGCAACUCAUCAUCGUAGAAUCAACUCUUGAAACGCAUGUACCUAGUGUACCUGGACAACUUACUCCACCCGAAAAGAGUGAACAAAACACUUCAGGUGAAAAAUCGAUGUUCGACCUUGACGACGAUGAAUCCAUUCAAGGAGAACAUUUAGAAUCCGAUCCUUCCACACACAUCCCUGAGCAUAAGGAAGAGACAGUUAAGGAAAAAUCAGAAUCCUCCAAGCACAUUCCAGAACACAAGGAUGAAAAAGAAGGACCAAAACUCAAGGAAGGAAAAUAA